AUGUCCCCCAACAAGAACGAUGCCGGCGUGCGCAUUACCAGGAUUGGCCUCUACUCCAACCUGGGCAUGGCCUUCGCGAAGGGCAUCGGCGGCUACAUGUUCAACUCCCAAGCUAUGAUCGCGGAUGCAUGGCACAGCAUGACCGAUCUGGCCUCGGACGUUUUAACCCUUGCGACCGUUUCCUGGAGCUUGCGACCACCUACCGACCGCUACCCGACCGGAUUCGGCAAGAUUGAGAGCUUGGGAUCUCUGGGCGUCUCAGGCAUGCUGCUUGGCGGAGGUCUCUUCAUGUGCCUGAGCAGCUGCGAGUCGCUCUAUGCUCAGCUCUUCCUCGAUCCCUCUGCCGCUGCCGAGAUGGCCCAUCACGGCCAUAGCCACGGCCACAGUCACGGCCACAGCCAUGUCGCGCCCAGUCUCAACGCUGCUUGGCUAGCUGCUGGCACUGUGGUAGUGAAAGAAUGGCUGUAUCAUGCCACCAUGAAAGUAGCGCGCGAACGUAAAUCCUCCGUCCUUGCCUCCAACGCCGUACAUCACCGAGUCGAUAGUCUCACUGGAAUCGUGACACUGGCUGUCAUCCUCGGCGCGAACUUCCUGAAGGAGGCGGCAUGGCUUGACCCCGUCGGCGGACUGUUCAUCUCGCUCUUGGUCAUCCGUGCAGGGCUCGGAAACACUCUGUCGGCACUAUACGAGCUGGCGGAUCGCAGCAUCGACGACGAGGUCAAGAGUUCGGUACGGAAACAAGCACAAAAGAGCCUGGUAGAAGUCAGUGAAGGACAUGACGUUGAAUUAAGAGAUGUUUCCGGAGUCAAAUCCGGCCAAAACUACUUGGUUGAUCUAGAAUUGGCCGUGCCCGGCACCUGGACGGUGGAGGACGUUCGAGAGGUCGAGAACGCGGUCCGCACACGGGUCGGUUCCAAGGUACGGGGUGUGCGGCGAGUGCGUGCCCGCUUUACGCCGAAGGAGACUACGGAGCUGCCCAAGUUCGACGAGUUUAUCCCGGGGAGUUCUAGAUCCGACGCCGGCAUUGGACCCAUUGUGAUUCAAUCAGAUCUCCACGUUGUGGGAGAAGCUAAAGUCGACUUCGACGCCGACUUUGCCAGCAAAUACAAGAUUAAUAAGGGUGUCCUACAGAAUGAUGACGAAGGUUCGGUCUUUGCCCCCGUGGCAAUGUGGCUUGAGGCUCUCGACCUAGUGCUCAAGAGGUUGACGGACAAGAAAGUCCCUGUCGAGAGGAUCAAGGGCAUCAGCGGAGCUUGCCAGCAGCAUGGAAGCGUAUACUGGAGUAGCGAGGCAGAGAAGCUGUUGGCUGGGCUGGAGCCGACAAAGCCCCUAGUUGAGCAGUUGACGGCCGCCCUCUCACAUCCGUAUGCGCCCAAUUGGCAAGAUCACAGCACCCAGGCGGAAUGCGACAAGUUCGACGCAAGCCUCGAGACUGCGGAUCGUCUGGCAGAGGUUACAGGCAGCGCGGCGCAUCACAGAUUCACAGGUCCGCAGAUAAUGCGACUGCGAAGGGUGCUGCCGGACAUGUAUGCCAAGACCGCACGAAUCUCCCUUGUCUCGUCCUUCUUAGCGUCACUCCUCAUUGGUGCGGUUGCUCCGUUGGAUAUAUCUGAUGUCUGCGGUAUGAACCUCUGGGAUAUUGGUGCCAACAAGUGGAGUGAGCAUCUUCUAGAGCUCACAUCCGGCAAGGAUGGUGUUGCGGAGUUGAAAAAGAAGCUUGGUGAGCCACGUCAAGAUGGUGGCGGCAGCAUGGGUAGUAUCUCCAAGUACUACGUCGAGCGAUAUGGCUUCAGCCCGGACUGCCAGAUUGCCCCCUUCACGGGCGACAACCCGGGCACGAUCCUCGCAUUGCCGCUGCGACCUCUGGACGCCAUUGUGUCGCUAGGCACAUCCACGACCUUCUUGAUGGUUACUCCGUACUACAAGCCUGACCCGUCAUACCACUUCUUCAAUCAUCCCACCACACCAGAUCAUUACAUGUUCAUGCUCUGCUACAAAAACGGUGGUCUAGCUCGCGAGAAGGUCCGCGAUGUACUUCCUGCGCCUCAGGGCGAUGACAAGUGGGCCACCUUCAACAAGCAGGUUCUAGAGACGCCGCCACUGGACAUCAAGAGCGAGGGCGACAAGGCGAAGUUGGGGCUGUACUUCUACCUGCCUGAGAUCGUACCAAACAUCAAGGCUGGCACGUGGAGGUACACCUGUAAUGCGGACGGAAGCGGAUUAGAGGAGACGAGUGACUGGGGCCCGGAGACCGAUGCGAGAGUCAUUGUCGAGUCUCAAGCAUUGUCGAUGAGGCUACGGUCACAUAAUCUCGUGCAUAGUCCCAGCGACGGUCUACCCGCACAGCCCAAGAGGAUAUACCUUGUAGGCGGCGGCUCGCUCAACCCGGCCAUCGCACGGGUUAUUGGCGAUGUCCUAGGCGGUGCCGAGGGUGUCUAUAAGUUGGAUGUCGGCGGUAAUGCCUGCGCCCUGGGUGGAGCGUACAAGGCAGUGUGGGCGUUCGAGCGCAAGGACGGCGAGACAUUUGAUGAGUUGAUUGGAAAGCGCUGGAAGGAGGAGGAUACGAUUGAGAAGGUUGAUGACGGUUUCAGGGACGGCAUCUUCCAGCAGUAUGUCACAGUCAUGUGCCCGUCCGUGGCCGAGCUGCACGUGUCUAACAAUGGCACCCCAGUGAUCAAGCUUCCGGUCAGCUUCUUGUAUGAGCACAUCCUGGUGACCCGAAGGCACCGGUCUCCGUUCGUGCAGCGAGCAACUUUGUUCGAGGACUUUGUGGUGCGAUGUGUUCGCUUCGCGUUUGCCAGCAUCCCGCCGCGGAUCGGGCGCGUCUUCUUCUCCAAGCAGGUGGCGCUGCCUUUCCUGCGAUGGCGCAUGCUCCGACACGGCUAUUUUAGAUCGCCUGUCUACUGGCAAGAGUAUAAUGGCAGGAACUUUAGGGGUAUCUGGGCUGUCAAGGAGCCUGUGGAGAGGCCAGAUAUUGUCAUAUAUUACGCCCAUGGCGGAGGAUUUUCCAUGGGAAGCUCGGCAUUCUACCUAGAAUUUCUCCUGUCCUGGCAUGCACUCUUGGUAGAGGCAGGAUACAAGAACCCAGCCGUUUUCGGGCUUGACUACACCCUCGUGCCUGACGCCGCUUUCCCGACGCAGCUUCACGAGAUGGUUCACGGCUAUGAGCAUGUUCUCUCGCUGACGGGAGAUGCUUCCAGAGUCUGCGUCAGCGGCGACUCGGCCGGCGCGACGCUGAUCCUUAGCCUUCUGCUCCAUCUGGAGAGUCCUAGCGCCGGAGUAAAGCAGCAAGGCAUCUCGGGGCUCUCCCGUCACCUAGGGAAGCCCGGGAUGGCCGUGCUCAUAUCACCAUGGCCGACGCUCGUAUCUCCUCAAUACAAGAACACAGCGAGCGACUAUCUAGACGAGAAAACGCUGCAGAUGUACAGCGCGCAAUACGCAGGCAGCGAGUCAGCAGUAACCAACCCACUAGCCUCGCCGGGAAGUUGUAAAGAUAUCAUGUGGUGGGAGAAGUCCAGUCCUUCGAAAGGCGUCUAUGUCACGUAUGGGCAGGAGGAGGUGUUUGCCCCGGAGAUCAGGAAUCUUGUCGCAUUGCUGGAGGGAGCAGGCAUCCUCGUGGGGGCCGAAGCUGAGGCAGGUGGCAUUCAUGCGUGGCCUGUAGCCUCGCUUUUCCUGAGCAGCUCAACUGAGCAAAGACUUAAGGGGCUGCGGAGCAUCGUGAGCAAGGUCAAGGAGGGGAUAUGUUGA